GGUAGACGCGCCGUUGCACUUAGCGGGCGAGUCGUUGCACCGGGCAGGACGAACACGGCUAUCCCCCGUGUUUUCGGUGAAAGCGAAUAAUAUCGGGCUGGCGACGCAACGCGACGCUCGACGAACCUGGAAUACAUCGGAGGUGUGCAACAGCGGAGACCGGGGGCGUCCUAUGGCCGCGAGGACCCCGGAGCCGAGGAGGGGUGGAAAUUGCAUCGCGGGUCCGAAACCCGCCGGAUCGUCUCGUUACGCAACCGCUUAUGGGACAUCAACCGUAAACGCCCGGUUCCAUGGGUCCUAUAAAUACCCGAGACCCUUACCGGGACACAGUAUCGAACGAAACGCGCUCUACUCCACACCGAUCAACAUGGCAGCAAAGAUCGUCGCUUUGGUGGCCCUCGCGUCAGCGGCGAGUGCGGGUUUGAUUCCGGGGCCGUACGACGGGCACAUUUCUUACGCGGCGGCGCCGAUAGCUACGUCGAAAACCGUCGACGCCGACUUCGACCCCCAUCCCCAGUACAGCUACGCCUACGACGUCCAGGACUCCCUGACCGGGGACUACAAGGAGCAGCGCGAGACCCGGAACGGCGACGUGGUCGAGGGAAGCUACAGCCUCGUCGAGGCCGACGGCUCGAGACGCAUCGUCGAUUACACGGCCGACCCGGAGAACGGUUUCAACGCCGUGAUAAGGAAGGAGGCAGGCUUCGUCAAGGGCGGCGUCGCCGCCCCCGUCGUCGCCGCCAAGGUCGCGGCGCCCCUCGCCCAUUCAGCGCCGGUCGUCAAGCUCGCCGCUUACGCGCCCGCCCCCGCCCCCGUUUACGCGGCGCCGGCUUACGCCCCGGCGAAAAUCGCCGCCCCCGCUCUGUCCUACGCAGCCCCCAUCACCCACGUCAGCUACUCCACUCCCCUGUUCUCCUACUCGCAUUAGACAAGAACGAGAAUUGUACUAGAGAAGCUCUAUUUGUAAAUUGUGAGUCAACUUGAACACGACUGUCGUAUUAUUGUAUCGUUACGUAUGCCAAUAAAUAUCACUUAGCUUGUA